AUGGCAUCCACUGCCGUAAACCAGGGCAGCUUGCGCCAGCGCAACCCUGGUUCGAAAAAGAAGGCUGGCUCACCGGUUCCCGAGGAAGCUCAAAUAGAGACCCUGGUGAAGCCUAAGAAGCCGGCUUCUGGAGCCGGCUCCGAAAUCGACUACAAGAUCGGCCUGGCUAUUAUCACAGUUUUGGCUUUUGUUUCGAGAUUCUGGGGCAUCAGUCAUCCCAAUGAGGUUGUCUUCGAUGAGGUCCACUUUGGCAAGUUCGCCUCUUACUACCUCGAAAGAACCUACUUCUUCGAUGUCCACCCUCCGUUCGGCAAGCUCUUGUUCGCGCUCAUGGGGUGGCUCGUUGGCUACGAUGGCAACUUCCACUUCGAAAACAUCGGCGACUCGUACAUCUCCAACAAGGUUCCCUAUGUCGCUUACCGCGCGCUCCCUGCUCUUCUGGGAUCGCUGACCGUCAGCGUUGUAUACUUGAUCAUGUGGGAGUCUGGCUACAGUCUUCCUGCAUGUAUCGUUGCCGCUGGUCUCGUCCUCCUUGACAACGCCCACAUCGGCCAGACACGUCUCAUCUUGCUCGAUGCCACUCUCGUCUUCACUAUGGCCUGCAGUCUUCUGUUCUACAUCAAGUUCUACAAGACGAGGCAUGAAGCCUUCAGCCGAAAAUGGUGGAAGUGGUUGAUCCUGACAGGCUUUGCUUUGUCUUGCGAUAUUUCCACCAAGUAUGUCGGCCUGUUUGCCUUCAUCACCAUUGGUUCGGCCGUCAUCAUUGAUCUUUGGGAUCUCCUCGACGUUAAGCGAGUCGGAGGUGCUCUGAGUAUUCCCGACUUUGCCAAGCACUUCGGUGCCCGCGUCUUUGGCCUGAUCAUCAUGCCCUUCAUCUUCUACCUGUUCUGGUUCCAGGUUCAUUUCGCAAUCCUGACCAGAUCCGGUCCUGGCGAUGACUUCAUGACCCCCGAAUUCCAAGAGACUUUGUCCGACAACGUAAUGUUCGCCAACUCGCUCACCAUCAACUACCACGAUACUAUCACGAUCAAGCACAAAGAGACCAAAGCUUAUCUUCACAGUCAUGCUGCAACCUAUCCUCUGCGCUACGACGACGGCCGCGUCUCCAGCCAGGGCCAACAAGUCACUGGCUAUCCUUACGAAGAUGCAAACAACCACUGGCAGAUCAUUCCCGCCGAUGGUAGCCAGGACCUCGGUCGCAUCGUCAAAAACCAUGAUUUGGUUCAGCUCCGUCAUCUUGCCACCGACUCGAUUCUGCUCUCUCACGACGUCGCUUCUCCUUUCUACCCGACGAACCAGGAGUUCACCACUGUUUCUGUUGAUGACGCCAACGGCGAUCGCAAGCCUGACACCCUCUUCGAAGUCCGUAUCGAGAACGGAAAGAAUGGGCAGGAAUUCAAGAGCAUUGCAAGUCACUUCAAGUUCAUCCACAACCCUAGCAAAGUCGCUAUGUGGACUCAUGAGAAGCCCUUGCCGGAGUGGGGUAUGCGCCAACAGGAAAUCAACGGAAACAAGCAGAUCCAAGUCAGCUCCAACGUCUGGCUGGUCGACGACAUCCCAUCACUAGGCGCAGACCACCCUCGUCGCGAGAAACCUGCGAAGGAAGUGAAGCGCCUGCCCUUCCUGCAAAAGUGGUUUGAACUUCAACGAUCCAUGUUCUGGCACAACAACCAGUUGACCAGCAGUCAUCCCUAUGCCAGCCAGCCAUACCAGUGGCCAUUCCUACUCAGAGGUGUCAGCUUCUGGACUCAGAACGAUACGCGCCAGCAGAUCUACUUCUUGGGAAACCCUGUUGGCUGGUGGAUUGCAAGUAGUCUGAUCGCCGUCUUUGUUGGCAUCAUUGGAGCGGACCAGAUCUCUCUCCGCCGUGGUGCCGACGCCUUGGACCACCGCACUCGCACACGCCUCUACAAUUCCACUGGAUUCUUUUUCCUAGCAUGGGCCACCCACUAUUUCCCAUUCUACCUUAUGGGACGUCAACUAUUCCUGCAUCACUACCUUCCUGCCCAUCUCGCCUCAUGCUUGAUUGUAGGUUCUUUGGUUGAAUUCGUCUUCAACGCCGAUCCCGUAUCUGAGGAGGCCAGCUACCAGGCUAUUAAGUCUGGCAAGAAACCUGCUCCUGGGGCCAAGCGAUUUGUCACUGCCCGCGAGAGGUUUGCUGGCACGAGCAUGGUCCCGGCUUGGAUUGCCACAGCAGUCAUCUUGGCUGUUGCCGCUUUUGGCUGGUACUUCUUCCUGCCUCUGACUUACGGUUACCCUGGUCUUAGCGUCGAUGAGGUCCUCCGUCGUAAGUGGCUUGGCUAUGACCUCCACUUCGCGAAAUAG